UUUCAAUGAAGAAAUUCAAAGAGAUAAAAAAAACAGGAGAUGGGACUUUUGGUGUGGUUAUGAAGGCAGAAGAUAUCUAAAGUUGUGAAUUAGUAGCAAUAAAAAAAAUGAAAUAAAAAUAUCAUAAUUUUGAAGAGUGUACAAAUUUAAGAGAAGUUAAAGCCUUAAUGAAACUUUAAAAUCAUGCAAAUAUUGUAAAACUUAAAGAAAGUAAACCUUAAUUUAAAUAUAUUUAAUAGUUUAUCUAGAUGUAGAUACACUUUGUCUUGUGUUUGAGUUUGUAGAGAAGAGUAUUUAUUAAAUAUACUCAUAACAUAAAGAAUAAGUAGAAUUUAAUUCUAAAGUUGAUAUUAGGGUAAAACUAUGUCUGAUGAUCAAAUAAAAUCAAUAAUCUAUUAAGUUGCGAAUGGUUUAAGUUAUAUGCAUAAGCAUGGUUACUUUCAUAGAGAUUUAAAACCUGAGAAUUUGCUAAUGACUGAAGAUGGAGUCGUAAAGAUAAUUGAUUUUGGUCUGGCAAGAGAAAUAAGGUCACGCCCACCUUAUACCGAUUAUGUAGCAACAAGAUGGUAUAGGGUAAGCUGAGCAACUUAUAUAUUUAGGCUCCAGAAAUAUUAUUGAAAUAAAUCAAUUACAAUAGUCCAGUUGAUAUAUUUGCUUUAGGAUGCAUAAUGGCUGAAUUAUUUCUUAAUAAACCUUUGUUCUCAGGAAAUACUGAGUUAGAAUAAUUCAAUAAGAUUUUAUCAACUUUAGGGUACUAUAAACUAUAUCUAUUUUAAGUACAUUUACAGCUAAUGAUUGGCCAGAAGGUUGUCGUCUAGUAUCAUAAUUAGGAUUAGGAUUGGCACAAUAUUAACCUCUUUAGUUAUAGCAUUUAAUUCCAAAUGCAAGUGUAGAAGCUCUUAAUUUAUUAUCAUAAAUGAUAAAAUGGGAUCCUAAUAAGAGAAUUACAGCUUAAUAAAUGUUGACUCAUCCAUUCUUUUAUAAUAUAUAGAAAAUAGCUCCAAGUUUAUUGUUUGAAGAAUAGGAUAGGUUUUAAUAUAAGGAAUUUAAAGAAACUAAUGAAAAUAAAAAAUAUAAUAAAACAAAUCUCAAAAAUGAUUCAUCAUUUUAAUUUUCAAAUUAAUAAAAAUUUGAAAAAACAGAUAGAAAUGAUUUAGAUGAUAUUUUAGAUUUCAUCACAACUGAAAAUAAACCUGUUGUUACAAAAUAAUAAAAUUAAAGUGCAAAAACUUUGGAAUUUAUGGGGUCUUAAACACAAUCUCUAGCCAAUUUAAAAUUGACUAAAAAUUAUUUAACAUGUGUCAAUUCUGAUAUGGGUCAAAAAAAGGAUAAUAGUUCUAUUUAUGAUUUUAGCCAUUUGUAAUCAUAUAAGCCAAAGUUGCCGAAUGCCAAGCAUUGAAAAUUAUAUCAUACUUUAAUGUAUUUUUAGCUCGGA